UCGUUUGAUUCACUGGGGUUGCUAAUUCUUUAUUAGAGCAAAGGGGGUUCACUGCGUUUUGGCAGGAGAGCGGUGGAGUUAGUGUAAUAUGCAGUUGCAAACAGGAUGGAAAUUUGACGUGUGUAAAUCAUAAUAAGGAGCUUUAGAAAACUGUCGUGGAUUAUUUGGUUACAAAUGGAAAUUCUGGUUUUAAGAGAACAGCAAAUCCAUGUGAUUUGCGGCCUGUUUAGUGGGAUGAUUACAUAAUGUCUAUAAAAUGAAUAAUUUCUCUUCUAGGAGUUUAUGGAGAUUUGGAUUCUCUGCCAGACUACUGAAAACCAAUCAUUUUAGGACAGCUGCCUCGAAUACGUCAUUCCCGGCAGUUUGGAUGCUCUUGGCCCAGUAUCCUGGCCGAAUACCUGGCUCCUUUGCGAAAGUUCAAAGAAAUAGUUUCUUUACAAUGCCUGAAACCGUAGAGGAUAAAGCUGAUCCAGAGCUGUAUUCGCCCCCUCCGAGAGUGCGUGGAAUGACACAACUCGAUAGAGAGGCUUUCAAAAGGACAAUUGUUGUGCCAGUUCUUAAAGUUCAGAAAGAAAUAAUAGGUUCUUUGUUAAAGCCUUUAAAACAUACGCUGCUGCAGCGUCCUGGUCUAAAGCGAGUGAUUGAAGAUCCAGACGAUGAGAACAGUAGACUUGUUAUGUUGGAUCCUCAUAAAAUACCCGAAUUCUCACUGGGAGGAUCGGAACAAGAGGUAUUAAAACAGUUUAAUAUUCCCCCUGUGGUGUCCAAGUACGACUUGGAGCUGACCUACGAGAGCUUCAAGCUGGAGGAGAUCCUCCGAGCCGUCCUUCCUGAGGGACAAGAAGUCACCUCUGGAUUCAGCCGUGUUGGUCACAUAGCACAUUUGAAUCUUAGGGAUCAUCAGCUGCCUUACAGAUACUUGAUUGGCCAAGUUAUAAUUGACAAGAAUCCAGGUGUCACCAGUGUGGUGAAUAAAACCAGUAUUAUUGACAGCACGUACAGAAACUUUGAAAUGGAAGUGCUGGCUGGAGAGAGCAACCUGGUAACCAAGGUCAAAGAAAAUAAUACUACCUAUGAAUUGGACUUCUCUAAAGUCUACUGGAAUCCCCGGCUCUCCACAGAGCACGGCCGUAUCGUCGAGCUUUUGAAGCCUGGAGAUGUUCUUUUCGAUGUCUUUGCUGGGGUUGGACCGUUUGCUAUUCCCGCAGCGAAGAAGAAGUGCAGGGUAUUUGCCAACGACCUCAAUCCCGAGUCCUACACCUGGCUGCUGCACAACUGCAAACUCAACAAAGUGGGCGACAAAAUCAAAGCGUUCAACAUGGACGGCAGGGACUUCCUCCUGGGGCCAGUUCGAGAAGAACUAAGCAAAGGGCUUCUGCUUCAAACAGAAGAGCAGAAACCCUCUUUCCACAUCGUCAUGAAUUUGCCGGCUUUGGCGCUGGAGUUCCUGGCUGCUUUCAGGCACCUGCUGGCCGGGGCGGCGCGCGGCGCGGCGCUGCCCACCGUGCACUGCUACGCCUUCUCCAAGCACCCCGAGCCGGCCCUAGACGUGUGGCAACGCGCCGAGGCCUCCCUGGGAGCCUCCUUGCGCGCUUGCUGCUCUGUCCACGCCGUCAGAAACGUGGCGCCGAACAAGGAGAUGAUGUGCCUCAGUUUCCAGCUUCCAGCUGACGUCCUGUACGGGAGGCCGUGCCCCGCUGAAGAGAAACCAGCCUGUAAACGGCAGCGAACCAGCAAAGACUCUUCUGAAGAGACRUUACCGAGCUGAGGAUGAGAGCUGCAGUAACCACUGACUAGUGUCUGCCAGGCGCAGGUAGGAGACCUGUAGUCUGCCCCUCCAGUGAACGUCCUUUGAACGUGCUUGGGUUACCCCUUCAUGUCGGCCUGUGUCACGCGUGGUCUCUCCUCCCUUGCUAAGCAUCUGCCUCCUGCAAACUUACUUUCUAACUGUGGGAUCAGCAAGCAGACUGAAACUGUUCUUCUUACUACAAAGAAUAAAAAAUCACUUUUUCUAAUAAAUGGUUUUAUGGCACUUUUCUCCUCUGUUGUUUCACACACCGCAAUAAUUCAGUAAAACAGCCUGGGAUAGUUUUCUGCUGCAGUUUUAUUCUGGUAAUUUACAGUUUAUAGCAGCACACACCUUAAUGCUAACAUAUAUAAAAUAGGAAUGGUGGAAACAUGUUCUUUAUAUUUUGUAGGACUUGGGAAGAUGGUUUGUGUGUGUACUAGGAAACAACCUUUGUUAUAGAACAGGAUUCUCUCUUUGACCCAUAGGCUUGAGAACAUUGGGAUAUUGUAAGCAGAUGCACAAACAGCUCGUCUCUAAGCACAAAAACCCUUCAAAAGCGUGCCCUAAGUUACAAAGAGGAAUAAAUAACACCCAUACUUGUGCCCAGGCUUUUGGAGUAAUAAAUACUUUUCAAUGCUAACUGCUUUACUUAGUUCAAUGACUUCUAASUUAGUGUUUGCCCACAGUUAAAGCAGGAAAGACUUUACUGCUGUUUGUGCAGUUGCAGUUGAGUGCAAGCGUGGGUGAACACACGAGACUGAGAACUAGCACCUGGGUCAACGUUCUCCCAUCUUGAAUUCCUGUCCUGUGGCUUUUG